GCAAAAUGAAAGUCUCGUAAUGUUUCGCGAGAUUUAACUUGCCAACUGUUCCGGAGUGCUUUGUCGACAAUUGGGAUUUUCAGCCGAUUAGGAAGAUGUUAAAAGUUAUCUGGAAUAUCAUUAAAAAGAUUUUUGGGGUCCUCUUCCUCCUGUGUGCUCCUUUGAAACGACUCUGGUGCCGAAGGAAACGACGAACAUCUGACACCAUCUUGCCGCUAGCCAAUCAUUACCCUUUAGUAGAAAACCUUAACUCAAACUAUUCACCAUUGAACGGAAACCCGGGGCCUGAUUUGGCGCCGUGGGAUAGCUGGGAGGAACAGCAGAAGGUGCGGUCGGUGGAAGAAUACCGUCAGAGACAGUUGCUACAGCAACAGAACUCCCAGGAGCCCGAACCAGAGCCGGACUACUUUCAGGAUAUGACCCCAAAAUACCAGAAACAGAAAAAGGUUUUGAUCAAGAAAAAAGAAGCCAGCUACAGUGGUUCAAUAUCAAGUAAACUGGCAGUGGCAGAAGACCUUCCUGUGAUGCAGACAUCAGAGCUGGGUAGCUGGGAGGAUGAGCAGGGGAACGCCUGGGAGGAGGAGGCUGUGGAUGACAGCGACCUGGCGUGGGAGGCGGACGUCCUGGUGCGUGAGAAGAAGAGGCAGGAGCGCCACCUACAGCAGCAGCGUCGCAAGCAAGAGCGGGAUCAGCAACGGCACGCCAAGCCUCAGAGCCAUCUAUCAGCGGUGAAGCUUUCAUGAGACUGAAUUUCAGUUGUUUAUGUACUUAUGUAAACAUUUUUACAUGUGCACAUUUGGAUUUGAAUUGUGGGAACUGCCAUGGACUGAAUUUAGCGAAAUCUCACAGUCAUUGAUCAGCUGUGCAGCUUUCUUGAGACUGAAAUUGGUAUUGAUUAGUGCACUGAAGGAAUUCAAUACAUGAAAAUGAAAAAAAGAAAAGAAAGCAAAAACAUUAGAUUAAUUUACCAGCAGUGAAGCAUUCAUGAGAAGUUUAUUGACUUCACUUGUCGCCAGCGGCAUGGUCAUGAUUGCAUCACAUAAGUGCUAAAUCUCUUAUUAUUUGUUCCAUUUGAAGUACACUCCAGGUGGACCUUUUAACUGAUACAUUUGUUCAUCAGUGCUAAAUGUGUUAUUGGUGACCGAGAAAUGACCCUAUUGACAGAGCAUGUAGGCUAUAAAGUGCAAGUGAAUGAAGAAGUGGACAGCUAAGGGUAAAACGAAAUUUUUCCUGGAAAAAAUUAGGUGCUGUAAAGGAGAACCAGUUAAAUGUUCACAGAAGCUGAGUCAAAGUGGCUUUGGGAAUACUCAUCGUUUGCACUAUAACAUGGGGAAAUAUUUUUAUGUCCCCCACUAUAGUAGUGGGGGACAUAUUGUUUUUGCCCUGUCUGUUGGUUGGUUGGUUUGCGCCAACUUUAACAUUUUGCAAUAACUUUUGCUAUGUUGAAGAUAGCAACUUCAUAUUUGGCAUGCAUGUGUAUCUCUUGAAGCUGCACAUUUUGAGUGGUGAAAGGUCAAGGUCAUCCUUCAAGGUCAGAGUCAAAUAUAUGUGGCCAAAAUCGCUCAUUUUAUGAAUACUUUUGCAAUAUUGAAGAUAGCAACUUGAUAUUUGGCAUGCAUGUGUAUCUCAUGGAGCUGCACAUUUUGAGUGGUGAAAGGUCAAGGUAAUCCUUCAAGGUCAGAGGUCAAAUAUAUGUGGCCCAAAUCGCUUAUUUUAUGAAUACUUUUGCAAUAUUGAAGAUAGCAACUUGAUAUUUGGCAUGCAUGUGUAUCUCAUGGAGCUGCACAUUUUGAGUGGUGAAAGGUCAAGGUCAUCUUUCAAGGUCAGAGGUCAAAUAUAUGUGGGCCAAAUUGCUUUUUUUAUGAAUACUUGUGCAAUAUUGAAGAUAGCAACUUGAUAUUUGGCAAGCAUGUGUAUCUCAUGGAGCUGCACAUUUUGAGUGGUGAAAGGUCAAGGUCAUCCUUCAAGGUCAAAUAUAUGGGUCAAAAUUGCUCAUUGAAUGUCACUUCUGCAAUAUUGAAGCUAGCAAUUUUAUAUUUGAAAUGCGUGUGUUUCACAAGGAGCUGCACAUUUUGAGUGGUGAAGGGUCAAGGUCAUCCUUCAAGGUCAAACGUCAUAUAGGGGGACAUUGUGUUUCACAAACACAUCUUGUUCACACCUGCCAAAAGCUGCAUGUAGAUAAUACAUUAUUUUCAUAAUCAUUAAAACGUCAAAUUUGUACUUAGUUUUGUAUCAUUAUGGUCCUACUUUUUAGAAGUGGGCCUUAGUUUUCUUUGCAUUAAUCAGUCUGUUGGUUCAUACACCUUUUGUUUCCUUGUGAUAAAUACAGACCUACAUCCAUGCAAUGUGGUGUAGUUUUUACACGUGUUGAAUGUAAAAUGCUUACUGAAAUUGAGGUCAUCCGGUCUAAGGUCACAUGCGCUAUCAUAAAAAUGAUAAAAGUGGUUUCUGCACAAAAUCUAAAGAAUUCAUAGGAUUAUGUUACUUAGUGUGCGCUUGAGUUUUAAUGAAGGAUGACCCUGCAGAUUUUUAAAUCUAGAUAUUAACAUGGACAACAUUGCUGCAAGUGGGGGGGGGGGGGGCAACAACAAUAUUGACAAUUAGCACUGCUCUUUACCAGUACAUGUAUACCUGAACAAAGUUUGCAGAUUUAGGGUUUUACAGGAAAUGUCAAGUGUCAGCUAAAUACAUAAUAUACUGCACUCUCAUUACUGUUGCAUCUGGAUUCCAACACAAACCAAUGAUAUGUCUAUGGAUUACGAUGAAUAUUAAUGUCUUUUGUGACUUCGGUAAUACUUUUUUUUAAAGGAAUUAUGUUUUGUCUGGAUCUUAAAAUUGUGGAUAAGUCUAUUCACAAAAUGAACAAAACUUCUUUAAGUAAAUGUCUCAUAAAUAAAUAUGACUUUGAAGUAUUUGAUAAUUGCAAAUGCUGUGUAAUGCUACAAACAUUCCACAUUGAUUUGUGUUUCUUAACCUACUAGUAUCUAUGGGGAAUAAUCUUUCUUUUUUUUCGUUAACUUUUGUUUAUUUAAAUGCAAAUUAUUAUAAUGUAUUAUUAUUCGGGACAAAGUUUUGUAAGGUUUCUUUAUAUAAAAUGUAAACUAGUCUUGUUUUGUUUGGAUCUUUUAUCACCGUAUAAUUCAUUGUGUACAUGAUUAUAUUGUGUAUGUGCAUACACUUUAAAAAUGCAUUAGGUUCUAUUGCAGUUUCAUUUCAUUGAAAUGCAAAACUUGGUGGAGGAUGUAAUUUGCACACAAUCAUUGGUGAACGGUCAUGUAUGAAAAAAGGAAACAAAAUGCGCUUCUAUUCAUGUUAAGUUUGUUAUCUUUUUUGAAUGAAUGUAUAUUCGAAAGUGUAUAUAUUGAAUGUUAUUAAUUUGAAAUACAAUUAUUAUGCAUG